UGUAUAAAAAUGGUAGUUUGCAUAAGUUGAUACUGUUUGCCUUCCAUAGAGCCAAUAUGCGCUUGUUUCAUAUACAAGUAGAACGCUACAAUACAUUAUACAUUUACUAUUUAAUGAUAUCAGUAAUGAAAGAAACAAGCGCAUAUGCUACAGUCUCUUUAAAAUAUUGGACAUUUUACGCGAUUUUCCUACACAUGAAAAUAAGAAUUGCAUUACUACUUAUUAAUAAUCGUAACCAUGUUUCAUAACUAUAAUUGUAUAUUUGUCAUUUUCUCAUACAUUCUAACACCUGUAAAAGAUGGGUCAAAGUAAUUGACCAGGGGUAAUCCUAAUACCCAGAAUGUGAUAGAUGUCAGUUCUGAACGAACAAGUUAAACGGGUUAACAUUGACAUUAACGCUGGUCAAGGGACGGAAUAACACGCAGCCUGGUGACUUGGCGAAAUAGUAUUUUACCUGUGUCAGAUCCGAUAUAAAUGAUAUCAUCUGAUUAAAAGUGAAAAACAGCGGAUCCUCAGGUGAAAAGCUCUGUAUAACUGUAUUGGCCGUACCUACCUGCAACCAAGCGUAACACAGCGACUACUAUAGCCUCCAGAAUGGUUAUGGUGGGUGUCGUGUGCUUAAGUGAUGACUAGAGUUCUUGGAUUUUACGUCUGAAAGUCAACUUCUCUUAUCGUCUGUCAUGGCCCCAGCCUAUGAUAAUUAUGGACGAUUAUCGAUAUUUCUUCUCUUCUUGUUGUGUCCACAUGUAUUCUGUGAAUCUGAGCCAGUGAGCAAUACUUUAAAACCAGAUGACUCUCAAUGCGAGCAAAUCAAACAACCCGAGUGUCUUGGUAUUUUCCCCUCUAACUUAACACAAUUCCCUAAUGAUGAAUUAGACUUUGAGACUCAAGAGGAAGCGGGAUUACAGUUUCAUUCCUUUACACCUUUACUUCAAACUCGAUGCAGUCCCUAUCUUCUGCCUUUCUUGUGCGGUGCUCUGUACCCCCUAUGUGUCAAUGGCGCAACUGUUCCAAUAUGUCCGUACCUUUGCGCAAUGGCCCGACACGGGUGCGCUCAGAAUAUGGUUAGAUUUGGUUUGGAUUGGAAAAAGUCUGUACAAUGCCUCGACCUUGACUUUGAAGAACACGACGAGUGUCUAGGGGUCAAUGGUAUAGAGGAUGUAGGGUUGUUUAUAAGAUUAAAAGUUGGCCAAACCUUAUCGAAAUCCAAAGGACGUGUAGAGAUCUCAAAGGACAAUGUCACGUGGGGCACGGUGUGCGACGACUUCUGGGACAAUGACGCAGCAACUGUCGUCUGCAGACAAAUGGGGUUCCGAUGGGGAAUAGGGUACUCCCUAGCCCACUAUGGACCAGGUGACUCUGGCCAGCCCAUCUAUCUGGACGAGGUGGUGUGUGACGGCGAUGAAAAGUCCUUGCUAGAGUGUAAUUCAAAUACCUGGGGGACCCACAACUGUAAUCACCAGGAGGACGCAAGUGUCUCAUGUUAUAAUGUAACAGCAAGAUUAAAUCAUGCAUCAGACCAAGAUAAUGUGGGAACAGUGGAAAUCAGUGGUAUAAAGGGCUGGUCCCAGGUGUGUGAUGAAGGCUGGGAUGAAACGGAUGCCACCGUCCUGUGUAAGGAGCUGGGCUUUGUCCAUGGAUAUGCCAUCACUAAUGCUGACAUUACUAAGGGAGAUUUGUCAACCUUCACGGAUGCUUUCUGGAAAUUUAAUUGUACUGGAAAUGAAACCACCCUAGCUAACUGCACAAAAGCGGACCAUUGGCAGGGUCAUUGUACAAAUGGAAAUCUAGCAGCUGCAGUCUGUCAUAAAAAACAUAAGGAUAAAGUCAAUAAUACCAUUGAACUACGAAUGAUAAAUGCAGAGAAUGGCAACAAGAAGUGGGGUCGGUUAGAAAUCCUCUACCAAGAGGUGUGGGGACACAUCUGUGAUCGCACCUGGACGGACCAAGCGGCGGAUGUGGCCUGCAGACAGCUGGGCUACAAGGGGGGCAUAGCGUACGGAACUUAUAACACGCCCAGUAAAGUCGCCUGGAUCUCUAGUCUUAAUUGUACAGGGAAAGAAAUCAGAAUAGAGAACUGCCCCACUGGGUCCAGGAAACUGUGGGAGCCCAACUUUGGCUGUACUGCUGCCUCUGUGCUCUGUUAUGAUAAGUCAGCACCAGCUAUCUCUAUUAGUGGAGGGGGGAGUCAGGGGCGUGUAGAGAUCACUUAUGACGGGGAGACAGGCUCAAUCUGCAACACCUACUGGUCAAAGUAUGACGCCCGUGUCCUGUGCAAGUCCAAGGGCUAUGUGGAUGGAGAGGUACUGAACCCCUCCCCCUCAGACGGGAAAGUGUUCCUAAGCAAGAUGCGGUGUGAUGGCACUGAGAAUUCCAUCUUUAGAUGUAACAAUUCGGGCUGGGACGUGUACGAGACCACGACCUGUGGGGGCCAUGCUACAGUCAUGUGUUAUAAAAACAUCAGAUUGUCCAGCAGUUUAAACACAAGGACCCAUGGAAUUGUAGAAAUCCUUCUUCACAACACCUGGUAUGCACUGUGUGGGGCAGGAUUCAAUGACAUCAAUGCCAGGGUGGUUUGCAAGGAGAUUGGGGGGUUCACCAACGGCACAAAGCUUCCCGUCGGAGCGUUUGGGAAAUACUACGGACAGACCACCAUGCCAGACCUGAUCUGUAAAGGGAACGAAACAACGGUGAUGGAUUGUAACUUUGAUCCUCUCAAAAGUUGUAGUAACCAGCAUUAUGGCUACGCUUCUGUCAGCUGUUAUAAUGGGAGUGCAGAAGAAGAUCAGUUCAGUUUAAGAGAUAAUAAAUACGGUGUUGUACAGUUAAGAAGGUAUGGAAUUAUUGGAGAAUUCUGUGAUUCUUUUUGGACUGACAAGAACUCUGACGUUCUCUGUCGCCAGCUGGGAUUCGGAGGUGGAAAGGCAGCUUUUUACAGUCGAAUCAACAAAAAACAAAUAACCGCUCCUUAUCUAGGAAGUUUUGAUUGCAAUGGGACAGAGAAAAGCCUGUCGCAAUGCACAGAGAGAGAUCCAUUUAUCUGUUAUUCCUCUCUGGCUGCAGGAGCAGUUUGUUACCUUUAUCAAGCUCCUCAAGUAAAGUUACAAGAUGGCGGAGUGAACUUUGGUCGUGUUGUGAUAUCGGUUGACAAUGAAGAGAGCACGGUGUGUGACACGACUUGGUCUCAGUCGGAGGCGAGUGUGGUCUGUAAGGAACUGGGAUUUGUCAGCGGAGAAAGCUACAAUGUGCCUCCAGGGACUGGGGAUGUGAAGCUGUCCAAUGUGUGGUGUACUGGGCUGGAGAAGUCUUUACUGGACUGUGACAGCCUGGGCUGGGGGAGGGUCACCAGCUCCAACUGUCUCAACCACCAGAACGAUGUCGGAGUCUACUGCUUCCAGAACGUUCGCGUCGUUGGCGGUGUUAAGAAUUCAUACUUUAUGACGGGUCGUGUGGAGGUACGUCAGGAAGCGACGGGACAGGACUGGCGGACGGUGUGUGCGGACGGAAUAAACCAGGCGGAGGCCAACGUGAUCUGUCGUGAGGUGCACUACGACCGGGCCAUCAUGCUGGCCCCGAGUUUCUUUGGUUCUCUGACGAUCAGUCAAGUCAGUAAAUACAUAGCAGACAUUAAAUGUAAGGGAAAUGAAACCAGCAUUACAGACUGUGCAAUAACCACAGAGUUGGAGGGAAAAUGCAGCAUUGCUCACUAUAACUAUGCCAGUGUCCUCUGUGUGAAGAACAGCGACAAAGAUCAAUCAUUUACAGUAAAGCUUUCUCAGAAAUACCACGGUGCUGUGAUGAUUAAUCAGUUUGGUCAAGAUGGGACAGUUUGUGUGGAUGGCUGGGAUGAGAGAGAGGCUAAUGUCACUUGCCGUCAGUUUGGAUAUCGCGGAGGUGUGGUUCUGGGUCCACAGGAAGUGUUCACACGUCGACAACCUGUCUGGUUCUCAGAGUUUAACUGCACUGGAGAGGAGAGUAAGCUACAGGACUGUCCCAGGACUACCAAAGUCUCCCUCCAAUGUGUGCGGUCCAUCAAAGACGCUGGAGUUCUUUGUUAUAAUAGUACAGGAGUGCAGGUCAGACUAAAUGGUCCAAAAGAUUACUUUGGAACUGUAGAAGUUGUCAAAGAUGGGCAGGUGGGAACUGUUUGUGAUUAUGACUGGACAAAGAAUGAUGCCAGGGUGUUGUGUCGGGAGCUGAACUUCCCAGAUGGACGGCCAUAUAAGCGGUCUUUUUAUGGAGCAGGCAAGGGGUCGGUGGUCCUGUCUGGGUUUUUCUGUGAUGGCAAGGAGGACAGACUGUUGGACUGCUCCAGUAGGGGCUGGUACAAUGUGCAGAGUUACUGUAACAGCCAUCAGAAUGACGCCAGUGUAUACUGCUAUAGGAGAGUGAGCAUGUCCCUGGAGGGUGAGAACUACGGUGCCCUGCGUGUCUGGAUGGACGACGUUGGCUCCUACAGUCUGGUCUGUGCUGACGGUUUCACUGACGUAGAGGCCACCACAGCCUGCAUGGAUAUGGGUUACGUCUACGGAAAGAGCAUCUGCUGUUCAGCAUUCGGUGACGUGGAAGGCAAGAUUUGGAAAACGAAUAUGAACUGUCAGCCAGGAGACCAGCACCUUGCCAGCUGUAGUUCCACGGACGGUGUGAACAGAUGUUUUAGUCAACAGUACGCAUCUGUUGUCUGCUCCAACAAAGAACCUCCACUAGGUUACAAACUGGAGUUGGAGAAUGGUCACUAUGGUCACGUUAAAGUGACCUACUUUAACCAGACAGGGUACAUCUGUAUGGAUGGAUUCGACGCAGCGGACGCCAAUGUUAUUUGUAAACAGAUCGGAUACCUAGGAGGUUUUGCGUACACCAAUCAGUACAAGCGUUACUGGAGCAGUAAGGUGACGGAACUCCGAUGGCUGAGCAAUCUGACCUGUACAGGAAACGAGGAUCGUAUUGAUGAAUGUGAUGACUUGAGCACAAAAUGGGGACGUAUUGAGAACUGCUCCAUCUAUGGCUUUGCUGCAGCAUUCUGUUAUACAGAAAGUGAGAAAAAAGGACCCCAGAUAAGAAUUGUUGGGGACAAAAAUGAAGGUACAGUGGAGGUUUUCAUCAAUGGCACUUGGGGCUCAAUCUGUCAGCGCAGCAUCUCGAACAAGGAAGCAGAUGUCAUCUGUCGCCAGUUGAACUACACAUACGGAACACACAGCAGCAAUACAAAUGUUUCAAAAAGUACAGGCCCAGUUCUGAUUGAUCAUAUGGUGUGUCAAGGGAAGGAGGAUAAUAUUUUUGACUGUCAGAUCUCCAUCAAUACCGAUCCCCAUUCUGCAUCCUCAUGUAAUCAGCAUAGAUAUGAUAUGGUCGUGAAAUGCUAUUCCAAUGUUCGACUCAUAGCUGCAGAUGUUGAUAACUAUGGAAAGUUGCAGGUUCACAACAACUCAGGGUGGUACUCUGUGUGUGAUACUAACUUUGAUGAUGUGGAUGCUAGGGUGGCGUGUAAAACCUUGGGCUACAAGGACGGUCGCGCCCAGCCCGGGUCAGCCCUGGGAACUUUCAUAUCAAAAAUUACUUCUAGCAUUGGAAUUACGGAUGUGAACUGCACAGGAAAUGAGGCUAUGUUUAGAUAUUGUCAAAUGAGUCAUGGAAAAUGUCAGUCAGGCCAUUAUGUCACCCUGGCGUGUACUCAAAAAGACAUCGAUACAUACAAGGUUGAAUUGGACAGGGCAUCUACAAGUCGCUUUGUUGGGGAAGUUUCUGUUUUGCUGUAUGAUGUGAAGGGAUCCAUUUGUGACGACACGUGGAAUGAUGCCGCUGCUCAGGUUGUGUGUCGAGAAAUGGGAUUUGUGUCAGGAAAUGCUACACGUGGAACUGUGCCUAAAAGAUAUCCCAUCCUUGCAAGUGGUGUCAACUGUACGGGGAAUGAAAAAUCCUUGAGUGAAUGUCAAAUGAAACCAUUUAAUGAGACAAACAACUGUCGAGAUAGCUCUUCAAGAGCAGCUUUCAUUUGCUCCAAGAAAAAGGAGGGGGUGAGAUUCCGCAUUGGCAAUGACUACCAGGGCUCCGGUCGGGCCGAGGUGUACAUGAAUGGACAGUGGGGUACUAUAUGUAACAUUUACUGGGAGGAUGUGGACGCCAGCACCUUCUGUCGACAGCUGCCAGACUACGUGGGGGGAUUUGAAGCCAGUCCUGCAGUUGUAGGAGAACCAAACCAGCCUAUUUGGAUGUCUCGAGUGGAGUGUAGGGGUAAAGAGAAGAGCUUCCUGGAUUGUGAAGUCUCUUGGGAUCCAUUGCACACUAGGAGGUGUUUCCAUAACAAUGAUGCUGGGGUCAUGUGCUUCAAGUCUGUCCGAUUGAUGAGAGGAAAUUAUCGCAAUAAUGGUAUAGUGGAAGUGUAUGUGAAUGGACAGUGGGGAACAAUUUGCUCCUCUGGAUUUGGACAAAAAGAAGCAGAUGUCACCUGUAGAAUUCUUGGAUAUCAGCGAGGCAUUCCUCUCUGCUGCUCGCCUUAUGGAUUUAGCUUCAAAAAUCCCAUAAUGAGCUCCUUCAAGUGUAACGGUGACGAGCGACACCUGACGGACUGUCAGAGCACCCCCGCUAUCGGUCUCAACACCUGUGUCUCACAGGAUUAUGCCUCGGUGGCCUGCUACAAUGAAUCCGCAACAACUAAGGAGUACUCCAUUUCCCUGCCCGCGGACACUCCAUACACAGGACAGGUAAAUCUGACCUACCUGGGCAAUGAGGGUCGGAUCUGUAACGACGGCUGGACCGAUGUGGAGGCUGGGGUGGCCUGCAGGGAGCUGGGGUUCUCCAAGGGGUUCGCCUACACCCACUACAAGAGUGAGGUAGACUCCACCGGCCCAUACUGGUCCUCUCAGUUCAACUGUACAGGAAACGAGACCAGGCUGGACAAAUGUCAACAUGUGGGAUUUGGGAAUGUGACACAGUGUAAAUCCAAGCAUUAUGCUGGAGUUCUCUGUGUGGAGAGUGGUGGCAUAAGCUACAGAAUGGAAGGUGGCAAUUUCCGAUAUGGACGUGUGGAGGUUAACAUACAUGACAAAUGGGGCACAAUCUGUGAUCGCUACUGGGACCAGAGGGAUGCAGAGGUUUUCUGUAGAAUGUUCGGUUUUAGUACAGGAGACGCCCACUACAACUCUUAUAAAGACCAAGGGACAGGCAAAGUGUGGGGGACCAUGUUCCACUGUAAGGGGGACGAGGAGAACCUGAAUGCCUGUCCCCACGAAGGCUGGAAAAUCACCGACUCCAUUUACUGCAGAACUCACAAGGAUGAUGCUGGAGUGCAGUGCUACACUAAUGUGAAACUCUCCAAUGGAAUACUUAAUCGCAACAGUCACAGUGGUGCAGUGAUGAUUUAUCAGAAUAAGACAUGGCUCAGGGUUUGCGACACUGGUUUCAACGAUAAGGCAGCACGCGUAGUGUGUAGGGAGAUGGGCUUCAAUGACGGCAGAGCCAUAUGUUGCUCAGCUUACGGAGCGGUCGGCGAGAAGUAUAUUCAGAUGAACAAUACACUGAGGUGUAACGGCAGAGAAAAGAAUGUGAAGGAGUGUUUACGUGAGGAGAGGUGUGAAUCAGCCAGCUAUGCCUCAGUUGUCUGCUUUGGUGUGGAAGAUAAAAUCAAUGAUGAUGAGUACACGUUUGCAGUGAAGCCUGGAGGCAACGAUAACAAAGGUCAGGUAGUGGUGACCCACUAUGGAGUGGAGGGCCGGAUCUGUAGCCGCGACUGGGACGACGCCGACGCGCACGUAAUGUGUCGGAGCAUGAACUACCAGAACGGGAUGGCAUACUACCACGACGAGCUGGCCACUAUCAGCAGUCUCCGUGGACCAUACUGGCUGAGUGGGUUCAACUGUACGGGAGACGAAGCCUCUCUCCUGGAAUGUCCCAACAACACCAGGCUAAACCUCGGCAACUGUUCGUCUUCCCACAUCGCUUCUGUCUUGUGCUUUAAUGACACUGGAGAGUCUGCUAUCAAAUACUACAUAAAUGGUGGUGGUCACUAUGGUAGAGUGGAGGUUUCUAUAGAGAAGCAGCGGGGGACUAUCUGUGAUGCCUCCUGGGACAAUAAGGACGCCUCCGUUCUGUGUAGAGAGAAGGGUUACAGUGAGGGUGUGGCUGUGCCUGGGGCAGCCUAUGGGCAGGGCUCAGGACCUAUCUGGCAGAGUCACAUUCAGUGUGUGGGGGAUGAAGCUGGACUGCGGUGGUGCCCUCACCGUGGGUUUGUGGAUCGCUACUCGGAUGCCAGCUGGCUGCUGCCCCUUAUCUGUGACUCCCACAGAGACGAUGCUUCAGUGUUCUGUUUUAAGAAUGUUAAAUUAAACGAAGGCCAUGAUUCACCAAUGGGAGGGGUGGAGGUCUACAACAAAGAGCAAAGGAAAUGGUACGGCAUCUGUGACACGGGCUUCAGUAACGCUGCAGCAACUGUAGUGUGUCGCAGCCUCGGUCUGGAUUACGUCGACGGAAGGGCCAUUAAUGGAUCAGCCUACGGAAAUAUAUCUGGAGAAGUUCUCUACACCAAUGUUAAGUGUAGUGGGAAAGAAAAGGAUUUUACGGAGUGUACUUAUGAUUUCAACAAGACUAGGUGUGAUAGUGGGAUGUACGCUUCUGUAAUGUGCAGCAAUAAAACUAUUGUGGAUACAGGUUUUGAGGUUCGCUUAGCACCAGACAGUUUAUCAAGUAAUUUACACGGAAUCGUGGAGAUAAGGGUUAAUGGCGUAUGGGGGCGUGUCUGCAUGAACAGCUGGGAUGACAGAGAUGCCAAUGUAACUUGUAAGAAACUAGGUUAUGCAGGGGGCGUGGCCUAUUUACAUAUUAUGAAGAACCGUAAACCAAUCAUGAUGAACCAGGUUCACUGCAAUGGUAACGAGAACAAUUUGAUAGACUGUGUUCACAGUCUGAAGCCGGACCUUAAGAAUUGUGCAUUCCAUUCUAAUGAUGCUGGAAUUUUGUGUUACCAGUCCAAAGGAAUCCAGUACAGCUUGGUGGGGGGGAAGGACAAAUCCACGGGGCGAGUGGAACUGAGCUAUGACGGUGUAGUGGGAACUGUGUGUGCCUGGUCCUGGAAGACCGCCGAUGCUAAAGUACUGUGUAGACAACUGAAUUAUGUGGAUGGAAUAGUCAGUUAUGACCACAACUCUAAACUGGUGCCCACCAAACGAUGGGUGACAGGCUAUUUCUGUCAGGGAGAAGAAAAGACUUUGAUGACGUGUCUGAACACUGGCUUCAACUCCACAUUCUUGGAUGAUCUGUGUCUCUACAAUGAGCCAGGGGCAUAUGCAUCAUGUUACAAUGAUAUGAUAGAACCCAAGAAGAUUCGUUUGGUAGAUGGUCCAAACAAUUAUACAGGUCGUCUGGAGGUGUACAUCCAGGGUCCAAACCAGUGGGGGACAAUUUGUGAUGACUUCUGGGACGAGACGGCUGCUAGGGUUGUUUGUCGCCAGCUAGGGCUCACAGGAGGCAAGCCAGUCAAAGAGGCUUUCUUUGGCACAGGAAAUGGCCCCAUUUGGUUUGAUAAUGUGAAAUGUUUUGGUAACGAGAGCCAGAUAUGGGAGUGUGGUAACAGAGGCAUAGGAACUCAUAACUGUAAUCAUACAGAGGAUGUUGGUGUAAAGUGUGACGGUCCAAUUAUACCAACAACAACAACAUCCACCACAACUCAAAGCACAACAACAACAACAACGACAGCAACAACACCUGUUCCCAUGACAACAAAGAGUUCAACAACAACAACGACAUUAAGACCAACAACAAAAGCAAGGACAACUACUUCAACGACAACAACUACUACAACUACCACAACCACUACACCCAAGCCAACAACUAAGACAACUAGAACAACACAAAGACCAACAACAUCUGCUCCUGUAACAACAUCUAAGACAACCACUGAACAACCGAUCAUAAAUGCCACAGUGGUGGCUCCUAAACAGCAGCAGGAGAGUUCCACAUCACUGGGUGUGAUCAUUGCUGUGCCAGUUGUGAUUUUCUUCUUGAUACUGGCAGUCAUUAUUCUUGUGUUUGUGUUCAAAGUUCGCAAAGUCCACAAAAGAGACAACAUUCCUCAUGAACGUUUUCAUGAUGAAAUCAUCGAACAUAACUCUGAUGGCAGCAUUGCUGUCAGUAAUCAGUUGUAUGACAUGACAAUGCAGCCAACAGGCGCAGCCAAUGGCAGCGCUGGCGACAAUCUACAGCUUGCCAAAAAUGGCAGCGCCUACUAUUCCAAGCCAUUGAAGAAUGGCAAAAGUGACACUAAAAACUCCUUUGCCAAUCCUCUGUAUGGGCAACAGAACGCUGGUUCUGUGAUUGACAGUGAAGCUUUAGCAGACCAGGAUGGGGUUCGGUUGCCCAUCGAUGAAUCCGUGUCCAAAGCUUGAUUUUGAGCUUUAAAAGUAGACUUCAUUGCACUUGUAUUUUGUGAAUUGUCAGGAUCUGAAUGUAAUACAUAUCAUCAAUUAUUUUUAUAUUAUCUGUUUUUUGUAAAUCUUUCCUGCCAGCUUAUGGAUCAUGAUGGAAAGCAUUCAGUAUCAAAUGUUUUGGAAUAAUAUAGCAUUGUACAACAAUCAAAGCCCACGUAGAUAAAAUGUUAGGGGCAAAUGGUCUGGAAAAAGAUGCUGUAAACUAACUUUAAAUUUUUAUGUGAGAGAAAUUGUUGAUGAAUGCUAAUACCUUAAUUAUCAUAAUAAAAAGCAAAGUCAGGAACGAAAAUUUGAUAAAUAGUUUCUAAUUUCUCCCAGUCUAGGUGUGUCUCAGAGUGUUUAAAUUAUGAAAAUGGUCAUAAUUGAGAACCCAACGAAUUUCAAUCAAAAAAUUAUACUUGGAUGAUAUUUAUGACGAUAGGAUUCCAAUGUAAUUGUGAUUAGUCUAAACUCAGUGUUUAGAACCCAAGUCAAAUGAGCGAUAAGAGUACUUUGCAAUAAGUCUGAAAUUACCCAGUUAUCGAAAGUGCAAAACAGAUACACUAAGAAUAUCAAUGUAGCUGUAAUUCCGUGUACCCAAUAUUUGAUGUGUUGAUUGAGUGUUGAAAGAGCUGUGCUAUGUUCACUGUUAUUUAUCCUUUGUCGAUGUCUUUAUUAAUGUUGGGAGUGUUUUGUUAGGUGACUGUUUAAUGUUCUAGUCAUGCAGAGAACCCACGGGAGGCAAACUUAACAGCCUCUCAAAUAUUCCACUAUCGAUCACAAUACUUUUUAGCAUUUUUUAUAAUUACCUAUAAUUGUGGUUUUUAGUCAUUUUGUUAAGGGAAUCACUGGAGAUAUGAAUCAUUAUAAUUACGUGUAUUUUCAAAAGAAUUGGUCAUUGGAAAGUAUUUUGAUUUUAAUUAUUUUGGAAAGGGACUGUCCAAUAAACACGAAUCUCCAAUUUAACGCAUCAUGAUAGGUAUUUACAAUUUUAAUUAGCAAAUUAAUUCUGCAGUACUAGUUAUACUUUUUAUAGAGUGACGUGUUUUAAGGUAGAGUGUUUUCAAUUGUCUUGUAAUGGUUUUGUAUGAGAACAUGACUGGAGUAUGUUGAAAUGAAUUUAAAUAAAACAUUAUUUAUCGUAA